AACACCAGAAGAAGAGUGACCGGAAGUACCUUUUUAUGCUAACGAAGAUAAGAAAUGUGAGGUAUUGUGCUACUACGAGUUAAUUUUCUGUAACUUUUACAGUAAUUUCAUUUUCUUGAUUUCGGUUCGUCUGUACCCGUUCCGAAACUAUUAUUUAAAGGAAAGUUUAGCUAACAGAGAUGAGGAGACAGCAGGCUGAACAACGAGAGGAAGUGGCUACGGAAAAAAUGUCCGAGUUUCUGGAAACAACAGAUGCAGAUUAUAAAGAGGAACGAUGUCGUUUAAAGGACAAACAGCAACACAACAAAACUCAAAAUGCUGUUUUCAACCCAAAAGCUCAGCUUCACAGAUUAGAUGUUCAGCAGAUGGUGCUGAUUAAAGAAGAAGCUCCAGAUGUGCAGAUGCUUGGUGUGGAACAACAGGAUCCAGAGACCCUCAACAUAAAGGAGGAAGAGGAGGAACUGUGGACCAGUCAAGAGGGAGAGCAGUUUUGUGUGAAAAAGGAGACUGAUGACACCGGGUUUGCAUUCACUGCUGUUCCUUUGAAGAGUGAAGAAGAUGAAGAGAAACCUCUGUUUUUACAGCUUCAUCAGCACCAUGUAAAAGAGGAAGAUCUUCCAACCAGUAGCUCAGCUGACCAGAUGAAAGCAGCAACUGGUGGAGAGGACUGUGGAGGAGCAGAGACUACCAGGAACCCAGAUCUAAAGACUUAUGGAGAUGAUUGCAGCUCUUCAGAGACUGAAGUCAGUGAGGAUGAUGAAGGUGAUGAUGUGAAUGACUCUGACUCUCAUCUAAAAGACUUAUCAGACUCUGGAUCAGAACCUGAAGAUGGUGACAAAGACUGGAAGGAGAGCAGAGCUCCUGAGUCAGGCGUAAACACUGUCAACAAAUCUUGCAGCUUCACUGAGCAUGAGAAACAAUUUCACAAGAGAAGUCCAUCAGCGAUGUCUUCAAGUUGUUUGUUUAUCAAGGAAUGUUUUGAAGUGAAGAAAACUGGAGGCUUAAUCAAGAAAAAACUGUCAAGACAGAACUCAUUUAGUUGUGAAGACUGUGGAAAAAGGUUUAAACAAAAGGACCAUCUAAAGACACACAUGAUAGUUCAUACAGGACAGAAAGCAUUUACUUGUGAUCUUUGUGGACAAAGUUUUGGACGGAAGUCAACUUUAAACACACACAUGAUGGUUCACACAGGACAGAAAUGGUUUAGUUGUGAAGACUGUGGAAAAAAGUUUAACAGAAAGAGUAAUCUAAAGACACACAUGAUAAUUCACACGGGACACAAAGCAUUUGCUUGUGAUUUUUGUGAACAAAGGUUUGGACAUAAGUCAAAUUUAAACAGACACAUGAUAGUCCACACAGGACAAAAACCCUUUGCUUGUGAUUUUUGUGGACAAAGGUUUGGAUGGAAGUCUACUUUAAACUCACACAUGAUAGUCCACACAGGACAGAAAUGGUUUAGUUGUGAAGACUGUGGAAAAAGGUUUAACAGAAAGAGUAAUUUAAAGGCACACAAGGUAAUUCACACAGGACAAAAAACAUUUGCUUGUGAUGUUUGUGGACAAAUGUUUGGACAUAAGUCAAAUUUAAACAGACACAUUAUGGUCCACACCAGAGAAAAGCAGUUUAGCUGUGAAUAA